AUGGUCUCUACUCCAGGCAACGCGCGCGUCGCCAAUUCUCAAAUCAACGAAACUUCGUCGCACGGACAGUCUAUCAUCAUCAAGGAUGAAGAAUCCGACCAUGAACCUACCACUGUUGCCCCACAGAUUAUCUCCGGUUUCGCUGCAACCGUCUCAAGUCUCUACUCGCUCACCACGCAGUCUAUAACCGUGUCUCUUGAUGGCGACGUCAUCGAUCCUUCUCUCUGGCACUUCUUCAUCGUCCCUGGCGAGGCUUACUGUCUGCGCUUCGUGCCCACGGUUACGCUCAAAGUCGUUGUUACGGAGGAGCUUAGUCUGAUGCGUAAGGGUGCCAACGGGAAGAUGAUGCGGGGCUGGACGGUCGACUCCUGGGCACUGGACAAGAAUAUCUGGGAGACCAAGUAUGUGCUUGCCAAGAGACUGGCCGAGGGCGGAUGUAAUAUCGGCGCGGAGGGGCUGGCGUUGGUGUGGUGGGUCGAGGGGGGCGGAAGAGCGGCUGUGUCAUCGAAGACGAUCGCUGAGAGGCAGAAGGUUGCGGAUUGGAAGAGUGCCAAUGGGCUUGGAGGUACAGUGGCACCAGUAGCAAAGGGAAAGGAAAAGGAGAAGGACGACGAUGUUAUGAAGAUCAGGGGCUUGGAGGGAAAGACGACGAUCGAAGAGGUCUUGGACACACUGGGAUGUGGAGUUGGUGCGUGUGAGAAGCUCACUGUGGAACUUGGACGGAAGUGA